GUCUCGGGCGGGGACCCUGCCGUCAAGGCGGCAGGAUGUUCCCGUCUCGGCGCAAGUCUGCUAUGUAUGGUCGCGCGGGAGGCAGAUCCGAUCGGCUGUUGGGCAUCCUACCCCGGAAAUGCUCUCUGUUUCAGCUCUUCUUUGUUGCUCUUUUGCUGGGUUUUAUUUCCCUGUUGUGGCUGCAGCUCAGCUGCUCAGGGGAUGUGGCUAGAAGUCAACGAACUGAGGCUACAGUGCUUCAGAAACCAUGCAACUUUGAGCCUCUUCCUCAGCUUCCUGACGAUCCAUCAUGGGGACCUCACCGCCUGGCAGUGUUGGUACCUUUUCGGGAACGCUUUGAGGAGCUGCUGGUUUUUGUUCCCCACAUGCAUCACUUCCUGAACAAGAAGAAAAUUCGCCAUCAUAUCUUUAUACUCAAUCAGCUGGAUCAUUACAGGUUUAACAGAGCAUCUCUGAUCAAUGUGGGCUUCCUGGAAAGUGGCAAUGAUACAGACUACAUAGCCAUGCAUGAUGUGGACUUGCUACCUCUCAAUGAAGAACUGGAUUACAGCUUCCCAUCUGCUGGCCCUUUCCAUGUGGCAUCUCCUGAGCUGCACCCUCUCUAUCACUAUAGCACCUAUGUGGGUGGCAUCUUGCUGCUUACCAAACAGCACUAUCGAAUGUGUAAUGGAAUGUCCAACCGCUUCUGGGGCUGGGGCCGGGAGGAUGAUGAAUUUUAUCGCCGCAUCAGAGGAGCUGGACUUCAACUCUUCCGGCCCCUAGGCAUUACGAGUGGAUAUAAGACAUUCCAACACCUGCAUGAUCCAGCUUGGCGCAAGAGAGACCAGAAGCGUGUUGCUUCCCAGAAGCAGGAGCAGUUCAAGGUGGACCGGACAGGAGGGUUGACCAACCUCAAAUAUAAAGUGGAGUCACGCACUCCACUGACUGUGGCAGGCGCUCCCUGCACAAUCAUCAACAUCUUGUUAGAAUGUGACACCAGCGAGACUCCCUGGUGUGUGUUUGGCUGAACUGCCUGCCACGGACUGCCUGUUGUGUCGCUGUUUAGCUGGUUGCCAGAGUUGGUGCUGGAUGCUCUGAAGGCAAGUUCUUUGGCAGGAACCGACAACAGAGCAUAGAUGCCCAUGGCUCAGAUGGUUAAAAAGAGGACAGAGGAUCUACACCAGUUGCCAGGUAUACGUUGGGCAUUGCUUCUUCCGUGUGGAUACUGCAAGGUGAAAACAAAUGCAGAGGUGCUGGCCUGAAUCCCUGGUUAGCCUGCUUGUCACACAGAAAGAUGCUGUCUUGGCUGCCUACAUCUGAACACAGUGAAGGACAUCUCAGACUGAGAGGCAGGACCUGGGACUAAAUCAUCCUCUCUCUACCUGCCAGGACUCCAACACCCGGGUGAUAAGGAGUGCUUGGGCCGGUCGCCUUGUUUGGAAGCUUGUUGCCCGAGCUGAUACUGAAAGGAUUUACAGCAUCAGUAUUUGGUUAGUUCGCUGGAAGUUUGCUCCUCUCAUGAUGAAAUAUGCACACCUGCUCGCUGUGAAAUUCUCAUGCCCCCUCCAUGCUUCCUCUGGGGGGCUCUUGCAAGUGGGCAGCUCGCUCUCUGGCUCUGAGAGCAUCCUCACCGACCACCUUACUCCAGCCCAUUGUUGUAAGGGAUCCUGUUCUUGAAGUCUCCGGGGCUGUAAAAGUGUUUGGCUCGUUGCAAUAAAGCCAUGAAAGCAA